CGGCAGCAGAGGGGGCGGCAGCAGCCGCAGGAGGUGGAGGAGGAGGAGAGAGACGAGAGACAUGGCUGUCUGGUUGGCUUUGCCUGCGCGCGUCCCUGCGAGCUAAGACUUCCAGCCUGGAAAGAGGUAACUGAGAUUGGGUCCUUUCCCGGGCGCAGCACAGGUGGCAGGGACAGAGAAGCGGCGUCAGCCAGCCUUCCUCAGGUGUAUCGCCCAGCCCAGCCUCCUUCCUGCAGCAGCAGCCACCGCCGCCGCCGCUAACCUGCCCGGGGAGGAGGGCUGCCACCACUCCUGGGAUGUGUCCUGGUAACUGGCUCUGGGCUUCCAUGACGUUCAUGGCCCGAUUUUCCCGGGGUGGCACCCGGUCACCUGCUCGGGCCGCGGGGCACCUGGAGGACACUGCCCCUGCCCAGCACCCCCUCCUCAGUGUCUUUGAAUUGGAGAGGCUCCUCUUCACAGGCAAGACUGCCUGUAACCAUGCCGACGAGGUCUGGCCAGGCCUCUACCUUGGAGACCAGGACAUAGCAGCCAAUAGGCGGGAGCUGAGCCGGCUGGGCAUCACCCACGUGCUCAAUGCCUCCCACAGUAAAUGGCGGGGAACGCCCGAGGCCUACGAAGGAUUGGGUAUCCGAUACCUGGGUGUGGAGGCCCAUGAUUCACCCGCCUUUGACAUGAGCAUCCACUUCCAGCCAGCUGCUGAUUUCAUCCACAGAGCACUGAGCCGACCAGGAGGGAAGAUCCUGGUACACUGUGCGGUAGGUGUGAGCCGCUCGGCCACCCUGGUCCUGGCCUACCUCAUGCUCUAUCACCAGCUCACCCUUGUGGAAGCCAUUAAGACCGUCAAGGACCAUCGAGGCAUCAUCCCUAACAGGGGCUUUUUGAGACAGCUCCUGGCCCUGGACCGCAGGCUGCGGCAGAGCCGGGAAGCAUGAGGGGGUUUGGGAAGGGCCUGGAGAGUGGGUCCCCAGUUCCCAACUAGAGAGCUGGAGACCAGGAGGCAGAAAGCAGGAGGCCCAGAUGAAGCAUCCUCCCCUCCGAGAGGGAGAGUGCUGGAGCCCAGCCCCAACAGGUUGUCUCCUUCGAUUUAGAUAGGGGUAAUGAUAGUGAUGGAGGUUUGUGAUGCCUGGGCUUAUGGAGGGGCUGGCUCCAUCAGAGGCAAGCCAGGAAAAGAAGAGAGAGUAUAAAGGCAGAGAUAGUUAGAGGAGCCAGAAUUCUCUGGAUUCCAAUUCAGAAUUUGCCUGUGGCUCAAAAGGGAAAUGGACGAGUCCCUUCUCCUCUCUGACCGAGGUCCCCUCUCUUCUGUCUUAUUUAAAAUAGAAGGGUUGUCCUUGAACUGCUUCCACACAGAAAUGUAGGGAGAAUGAGUAAGAUGGAAUAAUAGAAAGGGCAGGGAGCUCUGCAGAGACGUGAAGAAGACACACCCAGGCUUAUGUAUAGAUAAUGUGGAUGGGCUGAGGUCUGGCACUACUCACGGGUGCCACUCACAGCUGUAAAAUGACAGUUAGGGAUGACCGGGGGUCCUGAGAAAGACACUCUCACCAGACAAAUGGACAUAAUAAGGAAAAUAAAGAUGGUGAACAAAAAAUAGUCUCAUCAAAUUAUUA